UUGCUUUUUAUCUCUCAUCUCUCUUAUCUCCCUCUUUCCUAUUCUUUCGCCUUUUGUAUCUCAUCUCUCUUAUUCCCCUCAUUCUAUUCUUUCGCUUUUUUGUAUCUCUCAUCUCUCUUAUCCCCCUCUUUCUAUUUUUUAGCUAUUCUUUUUUUGCUGUCAUCUCUCUUCUCUCCCUCUUUCGAUUUUACUCCUUUUCUCGCAUUUCCUCUGUAUUUCUUCUCAUCUUUUAACUUUUUAUCUUAUUUUUUAUUGUAUUCCACUUUAUUUUAUUUUUUAUCCUUUCUUUUUUUACCCUCUCCCUCUUUUCUUCCUUCUGUUUUCCUCUCUUUCUUGUUAUUGAUUCCGUUUGAUUUCUUGCCUCUCCUUUUCCCCUCUUACCAUUUUCUGUUAUUUCUCUCUCUCUCUUAUUCUCUUUUCCUUUCGCUUUUAAUUCUCUACGUAUUUAUUUCUCUUGUUCACGAUUCUAUUUCUUUUCUUCCUUUUAUUUUUCUCCUCCUAAUAUUUUGUCCUUUUCCCCCUCUUAUCCAUUCUUAUUCAUCUCUUUUACUUCUCUGUUUGUUUCUUCUCAUUCUUCUUGUUCUUUUCUUUCUCUUUCUUCUCUUUCUCUUCCCUUUUCUUUUUUCAUGUCUUACUCUGUCUUUCCUUUUCUUUUCCUUCUGUUUAUUGUUGCUCCCUUUUUCUCUAGGUACUUUUUACUUCCCUCGUAUUCAUUCACCUCUUCCUUCGUCCCUCGUAUUCAUUCACCUCUUCCUUCUUCCCUCGUAUUCAUUCAUCUCUUCCUUCUUCCCUCGUAUUCAUUCACCUCUUCCUUCGUCCCUCGUAUUCAUUCACCUCUUCCUUCUUCUCUCGUAUUCAUUCAUCUCUUCCUUCUUCCCUCGUAUUCAUUCCUUUUCCUUCUUCCCUCGUAUUCAUUCACCUCUUCCUUCUUUUCUCGUAUUCAUUCAUCUCUUCCUUCUUCCCUCGUAUUCAUUCACCUCUUCCUUCUUCCCUGUAUUCAUUCAUCUCUUCCUUCUUCCUCGUAUUCAUUCACCUCUUCCUUCUUCUCUCGUAUUCAUUCAUCUCUUCCUUCUUCCCUCGUAUUCAUUCAUCUCUUCCUUCUUCCCUCGUAUUCAUUCACCUCUUCCUUCUUCCCUCGUAUUCAUUCAUCUCUUCCUUCUUCCCUCGUAUUCAUUCACCUCUUCCUUCUUCCCUCGUAUUCAUUCACCUCUUCCUUCGUCCCUCGUAUUCAUUCACCUCUUCCUUCUUCUCUCGUAUUCAUUCAUCUCUUCCUUCUUCCCUCGUAUUCAUUCACCUCUUCCUUCUUCCCUCGUAUUCAUUCACCUCUUCCUUCUUCUCUCGUAUUCAUUCAUCUCUUCCUUCUUCCCUCGUAUUCAUUCACCUCUUCCUUCUUCUCUUUUCUCUCUCCUUAAUAUUUCUAGUCUUUUUUUGUUCUUAGCUAUUUUUGGUUAUUAUCAGUUUUCUAUUCUUCUUCUUCUUUUUCCUUUUCCCACAUUUUCUUUUCUUUCUUUCUCUUCCCUUCCACUCUUCUUCUGCUUCUUCUUCUUCUUCCUCAUUUUCUCUCCUUUCUUCUUCUUCUUCUUCUUCUUCUAUGUAGCAAUAUUCGCCCUCUUUUUUCUUCUUCCCUCUUCCUGGAUUAUUCGCCCUCUUUUUUUCUACUAUUUCUCUUUCUCUCUUCUUCUUCGCCGUUUCUCAUUAUGGUCGUCAUUAAGCCGUUGUGAUUAG